AUGCCCAGGGAUCAGAGAAGAGCACCAGAGUCCCAGAGCCUGCAGUCAGUGCCUGGCCCUGCUGGGAUUCCUAGACCUGCCUCACACUUGGUCCAGGACUCCUCCCUCAAGAUGAGCAUCAGGACUCCUGCCUCACUCCAGCAUCUGGCCAUGCAGAGUCUGCUGAGCUACCAGGCCCUGGCCACCUCUGGCCUGGAGGAUCUUCCAGUGCUGCUGUUCCCUUGGCUCUUCCAGGAGGCCUAUGCCAGGGGCCACACAGAGGUGCUCAAGGCCAUGGUGCAGGCCUGGCCCUUCUCCUGCCUCCCCCUGGGGGACCUGGCCAAGUCACCAGACCUGGAAACCUUCAAGGCUGUCCUGGAUGGGCUGGACCUCAUACUUGCCAACAAGGAGCGCCCUCAUGGGGUGAAACUGCAAGUGCUAGAUCUGCGGAAUGAGCACCCAGACAUCUGGACACAGGGCUACACAUCCAUGGCUCGAAGCUUUCCUUCAGGAGUUCUGAUUGACAAACCCACAGGAAGUUGCCAUUCAUGGAUGACUGAACAGCAACCCUUGAUGAUUGCCAUUGACCUGACCAUCCAAAAUGGAGCCCAGGAUGAUCUCCAAGCCUACCUGCUCCAGUGGGCCAGGGAGAAGAAGGAAAGAGUCCAGCUGUGCUCGAGGAAGCUACAGAUUCUCCAGAGCUCCUUGUCCAAAGUCUACAAGACUCUGCUGGUGGUGAGUCUGGACUCCAUCCAGGAACUUGUCCUGAAUGAAGUAAGCUGCUCUGUUAAAAUGAUUUUCAAGUUGGCGCCUUACCUCAGGCAGAUGAAGAACCUUCACAUCCUCAAGUUUAGGUCCUAUCACCAAUAUACUUCCUUUGAAAAAUGGAUUUAUCUCCACUUCUUCUGGGCACAGCUGAGGCACCUACAGCACCUGCAGGAGCUUCAUGUGCAUGGCAGCUUCUUCUCUGAUGGAAACCUGCCCACUAUCCUGAGGAGACUGACGCCUUUGAAGACCUUGUCUCUGAAUGAAGUUAGGAUGCAGGAUGCCGACCUUUCUUUCAUUUUUGAUGCUGAGAAGAGAUUCCAGGAAAGGCUCCUGACUACACAGGAAGAGCAGAAAGGCCAGGACGCCCUCCUCUGUGACCACCCAGAACCAUCGGAUGUUCUCACUGACAGAUCCACAUCAAGUCCCUGUUCAGGGAUGACUGACGAGCAGCCUUUGUUGAUUGCUAUUGACCUGACAAUCAGAAUUGACGAUCAGAAUUGA